AAUAGAGGUUAGUUGAUGUAUGCACUCCAGCAUAGAGAUUCUAUAUAUCUGCCAAAAAAAAUAAAGUUUAUAGACGAUAGUUUAAAAAACAGUUAGUGCAGAUUAUCCGUUUAAAUGAGAAAACAACUGCCAUUUUCCAUCAAUUUUGGCUCCACAGUCAAUCACUCCAUAUCAUGUUAAAAUCUUUAAAUGUUGCACCUUCAGCUAAAUAAAUUGCCACCCACUUGCAAAGCAACAAUCUUUUCCAAAAUCUUACCAUCUAAUUUUUACCCAUUUUUUUCAACAUCAACAAAUUCUUUACAAAUUACACCAAAUACUCUUCAAAAUGACAGUAAAGACAUCAACUUUGAUCUUAUUUUUCAAUCUUGCACUAAACUUGCCCAUGCCAAGUGUUUUCACACUCUUCUAUUGGCAUCAGAGCAAUCUCAAAACACUUACUUUGCUGCUAAACUUAUCCAUCUCUAUGCAUAUUUUGAUGAACUUUCACUCUCUUGCAAGACAUUUAAUCAAAUCCAAAACAAAAAUGUGUACACUUGGAAUUUUAUGAUAGCUACUUAUGUUCAUAAAAACUGUUUCCAUGAGGCUUUACAUUGUUUUAAUACCUUUUUAAAAUCAGGGUUUCACCCUGAUUUUUAUACUUUUCCUCCUGUUAUUAAAGCUUGUAGGAGUCUCAUUGAUGGGAUUAAGUUGCAUUGUUUAGUUCUGAAGUUGGGUUUUGAGUUUGAUGUGUUUGUAGGUGCUAGUUUGAUUCAUAUGUACUCGAAGUUUCGAUUUGUUGGUGAUGCUCGUAAACUGUUUGAUGAAAUGCCGACGAGAGAUUGUGGUGCUUGGAAUGCAAUGAUUUCUGGGUAUUGUCAGAAUGGGAACGUUGUAGAGGUGGUGGAUGUUGUGGAUGAGAUGAGAAAAGAAGGGGUAGUUAUGGAUGGUUUUGCUGCUGCGAGUGUUCUUUCUGUUUGCGCAAAGUUGAGGGAUGUUUUAGUUGGAAGGUUGAUUCAUUUGUUGGUUAUAAAGCUCGGGCUGGAAUUUGAUUCGUUUGUGUGUAAUGCGUUGAUUGCUAUGUAUGCUGAGUUUGGUAGUCUGGGGUCUGCACGGAAAGUUUUUGAUCAUAUGGUGGUUAGAGAUAUUGUGUCGUGGAAUUCGAUUAUUGCUGCUUACGAGCAGAAUAAUGAUGCUGUUUCUGCGCGUUUUUUCUUUGACGAGAUGCUCCGAGUUCGAAUGCAACCUGAUUUGUUGACUCUUGUAAGUUUAGCUUCUAUUGUUGCUCGACUGAACGAUCAUUCAAACUGCAGGUCUGUUUAUGGAUUUGUCUUAAGGAGGGGAUGGUUCGUGGAAGAUCCCGUUAUUGGAAAUGCCAUUAUGGAUAUGUAUUCGAAAUUGGGGCUUACUGAUUCUGCCAGAGCAGUUUUUGAAAUACUUCCUAUUAAAGAUGUGAUAUCAUGGAACACUUUAAUUACUGGUUAUGCUCAGAAUGGUUUUGCAAGCAAGGCCAUUGAAGUAUAUAACCUGAUGGAAGAAUGUGCAGAUGUAAUUCCAACUCAAGGCACUUGGGUAAGUAUUCUACCAGCCUAUUCUCAUCUUGGAGCCUUGCGACAAGGCAUGAAAAUUCACGGUCUUGUUAUUAAAAAUUCUCUUUACUCGGAUGUUUUCGUGGGGACCUGUCUCAUUGACAUGUAUGGAAAAUGUGGAAAGUUAGAUGACGCUAUGUCUUUGUUCUACGAAGUGCAUAGAAAGGAUUCAGUACCAUGGAACGCGAUAAUAUCUUGUCAUGCAAUUCACGGGCACUGCGAAAAUGUGCUUAAGCUUUUUAGAGAAAUGAUAGGUGAUGGAGUAAAACCGGACCAUGUAACGUUUGUAUCUUUAUUAUCAGCUUGUAGCCAUUGUGGUUCGGUCAGUGAUGGUCAAAGGUACUUCCAUAUGAUGCAAGAAGAAUAUAAGAUUAAGCCUAGUUUGAAGCACUACGGCUGCAUGGUAGAUUUAUAUGGCAGGGCUGGUGAACUCGAAAUGGCCUACAAGCUCAUAAAAAAUAUGCCAAUCACGCCUGAUGCCUCUAUGUGGGGUGUUCUCCUUGGCGCUUGCAGAAUUCAUGGGAAUGUCGAGUUAGGAAAAUAUGCUUUGGAUCGUUUGUUUGAGGUUGAUUCAGGGAAUGCCGGCUAUUACGUUCUGCUGUCGAACAUAUAUGCUACUGCAGGAAAAUGGGAGGGAGCGGAUAACAUGAGAGCAUUAGCAAGGGACAGGGGAUUAAAGAAGACUCCCGGAUGGAGCUCCGUCGAAGUGAACAAUAAAGUAGAUGUAUUCAGAACUGCCGACAAAACUCAUCCGAAAUAUGAAGAGAUAUACAAAGAGUUAAUCAAAUUGACUGCGAAAAUGAAGAUCCUCGGUUACGUUCCGGACUUAAGCUUCGUGUUGCAAGACGUCGAGGAAGACGAAAAGGAACACAUUCUCAUGAGCCAUAGUGAGAGAUUGGCAAUUGCAUACGCAAUCAUCAGUACACCACCUAAAACUCAGAUUAGGAUCUUCAAGAACUUGAGGGUCUGUGGUGAUUGUCACACUGCAACUAAAUAUAUAGCUAGAAUUACAGAGAGGGAGAUUAUUGUGAGGGAUUCUAACCGUUUUCAUCACUUUAAGAAUGGGAUUUGCUCUUGUGGAGACUAUUGGUAACACAGAUUGUAGUUUAAUUAGAUUGAGAAACAAAAAACACAUAACAUGGAGCCAUUACCAACUGGCUGCUAACUCUGCAGGAAUAUAUAUGUAAUAUAAAAUUAAGUAAAUUUAAAUUAAUUUUAUCUAAAUCCGGAUUAUUGACAAA